CUUGACUCCCUUCAGGGCCUCCCUCCCCUCUAUUGGGUGGAAAGGGCCGCGGAGAAGGUUAGACGCAUGCGCAGUGCCCGGAUUUCCCUGGCCGCCCUGAGUGGAGAGGUGUGGUUUCGUCCGGACGCGGGGUUCCGGCAGACGGCUUGAGCUUAGUCUCAUGUGAAAGGGGAAAGUAGCUCGCGGAAAGCGGUUAAAGUUGCGGAGCGGGUGCGAGACGGCAGAUCACCCCCAUGCCAGCCGAAUGGUGCGGCCCUGAGUUGGUCUAGGAGCCGGCCCGACGUUUCAGAGGCAGGCCCCGGAGGGGGCAGGAGGGGGCCCGCAGAGCGCGGGUUAUGUGAAGAGACGUGGGGAAGAUUCGACUCCGAGAAGAAGAGCCCGUUGAAAGGGAGCGAGGCCGCUGAGGGGGAGGGGGCUGCCAAGAUGGCGUCGGCCUCCUCUGGGCCGUCGGUGGUGGGGUUUUCAUCCGUGGAUUCCGGGGUCCCUCCCUGCACCUCGUCUUCAGGUUUCAACUUUCUGUGCUGUGGGGUCAACCGUAAGAGAGGGUCUGGAAUCAAGAGACCCAUGGCAUCUGAGGUGCCUUAUGCCUCUGGCAUGACCAUGAAGAAAAUAGGCCACCGAGGUGUUGAUUCCUCGGGAGAGACAACAUAUAAAAAGACAACCUCAUCAGCCCUAAAAGGUGCCAUCCAGUUAGGCAUUACUCACACUGUGGGGAGCCUGAGUACCAAACCAGAGCGGGAUGUCCUCAUGCAAGACUUCUAUGUGGUAGAGAGUAUCUUCUUUCCAAGUGAAGGGAGCAACCUGACCCCUGCUCAUCACUACAAUGAUUUUCGGUUCAAGACCUAUGCACCUGUUGCCUUCCGCUACUUUCGAGAGUUGUUUGGUAUACGGCCUGAUGAUUACUUGUACUCUCUCUGCAGUGAGCCACUGAUUGAACUCUGCAACUCUGGGGCUAGUGGUUCCCUCUUCUACGUGUCCAGCGACGACGAAUUCAUCAUUAAAACAGUCCAGCACAAAGAGGCAGAGUUUCUGCAGAAGCUGCUUCCAGGCUACUACAUGAACCUCAACCAGAACCCUCGGACUUUGCUGCCUAAAUUCUAUGGACUGUACUGUGUGCAGGCAGGUGGUAAGAACAUUCGGAUUGUGGUGAUGAACAAUCUUCUACCACGGUCAGUCAAGAUGCACAUCAAAUACGACCUCAAGGGCUCAACCUACAAACGGCGGGCUUCCCAAAAAGAGCGAGAUAAGCCUCUCCCCACCCUUAAAGACCUAGACUUUUUACAAGACAUCCCUGACGGGCUCUUUUUGGAUGCUGACAUGUACAAUGCUCUGUGCAAGACCUUGCAGCGCGACUGUUUGGUGCUGCAGAGCUUCAAGAUAAUGGACUAUAGCCUCCUGGUGUCCAUCCAUAACAUAGAUCAUGCGCAGCGAGAGCCUCUGGGCAAUGAGUCACAGCAUUCAGUUGACACUCGCAGACCGGCCCCACAAAAGGCUCUCUACUCCACAGCCAUGGAAUCUAUUCAGGGCGAGGCUCGACGAGGUGGCACCGUGGAGACUGAUGACCACAUGGGUGGCAUCCCAGCCCGGAAUAGUAAAGGGGAGAGGCUGCUGCUUUAUAUUGGCAUCAUCGACAUCCUGCAGUCUUACAGGUUUGUUAAGAAGUUGGAGCACUCUUGGAAAGCUUUGGUACAUGAUGGGGACACCGUAUCGGUGCAUCGCCCAGGCUUCUAUGCUGAACGGUUCCAGCGCUUCAUGUGCAAUACAGUGUUCAAGAAGAUCCCUUUGAAGCCCUCUCCUUCCAAAAAGUUUCGGUCUGGCUCAUCUUUCUCACGGCGAGCAGGCCCCAGCGGCAACUCCUGCGUAACUUACCAGCCAUCGGUCUCUGGGGAACACAAGGCACAAGUGACAACAAAGGCGGAAGUGGAGCCAGGCGUCCACUUCGGUCGUCCUGAUGUUUUACCUCAGACUCCACCUUUGGAGAAAAUCAGUGAGGUCUCGACUGUCCCCGACCCCUAUUCCUCACCUGCAGCUGGAGAGGCUUUGCAGGUGCUAACUGCAAGCUCAACCCUCUUGGAAAAGCCUGAAGUUACAGAGUCAGAGUUCAUCCACUGAGCAGAAAUCAUCAGAAGACCUGGAACAAGAUUCUGCCAUCUCUGUGAUCCCAAGAUGUCAGCCCUUGACCCAGCAAUGCUGAUUUUUCUUUUUCUUGGUCAUCAGAAAAGGGGUGUAAUGGAGGCUAGGGGAGCUCUCCGUCUCCUUCCUGAAGAAGAACGUCUUCUACUUCCCCUUCCUCAUGAAUGGGCAUUAGUGCCCCGGCUGGUUGAGAACAGCAGCAUCCUCUCCACUCCUGAGCUGAGUGGCACAAGUUUCCAGCUGGCCAGCCUUGACUUCCACCACUGAGUUGUUUUUAAACCCCCAUUCUUCCUGUUGGGAGUGCGAUUGCUGGACUUGGUGGUUUUCUUCCCCAUCAUGUACCUUUUACCAGGAGCUGGACUCUUACUUUCCUCAGGACAGACUGGCUGGCACACUAUCCCCACCUUAACUUUCUCUCUGGAAGAAGACCCCUGUAAUCUUUGUAAAAGUUUUUUUGGGGUAAGGGUGUUUAACCACCUCCAGCCUUUUUUAUUUUCCCCCUUGAAAAAGGAAAAGAAAAAUAGCACACAGUUUCAAGCCAGACAGUUUCAGAUCAAAACUGCACACGUGUCAAAGAGAUGCCUGUUGAUACGGUUCCCUCAGAAGAGCCCUGGUAUUUAAGAAACGGAAUUGUGGUGCUUGCUCUCCCAGGAGCAGCUCAACUUUACCUCCUCCUCUCCUGAUGAAUUUCUUAAGGCUGAAGGAACGGAGAGAGUGGGACGGGGGGUAGUCUUGACCCCUCUUGUUAAGCAGGGGGGCAGUCACAGGGCUGAAAGAGCAGAACUCUUCCCUGGUGGGGCCUACUCACUGCUGGGCCGUAAUGACUAUUACUGUUUUGCCGUUUGAAAUGUAUUCUGCUUGUUUUUCUAAAUAUGAAGACUUAUCAAAUGAAUUUCAGAUUCUUCUUCAAAGGAGAUUUCUUCCUUGUUCUUACCACCACCUUUUCCAACAGUAUCCUGCUAUUCGUGGAGCUGAGGGGCAGCUCUGUGCACCUGUGUCUGUUUAACAGGUAGUCCAUGACUCUGAGGCUAGAGAAUAUUCUCUUAAACUCACGGGGAGCCAGCAGAUUCUUGCCUUAGUGAGGUCAUUGCUGUGCCUCAUGCCCUGCCGCCUCUCUUCAUGCAGAGACCUUGGAACUGGGGGCUGUGUCAUCCCUCUCCUCCCCGUCUCCAAGAGUCGUGGUUCUGUCUGAUCCCCCUAGUCCUGUCAGGGGAAGAGGGGGGCCUGGCAUCUCAGGCCAGUUGUUGAAUCCCCAUACCAUCCCCUCUCCAUCCCAUCCUACCUUGAUAGUAGGUUAACCCGUACCCCGACUAACUGUCUAUAUUAGACACCCCCAGCCAGUUUCUGGCUGCCUGUCUUUGCUGCCAUGUUCUUUUUUACAAGAAGGAAAGAAACAAUUCUUGCUAUUUUUUUUCAUAAUUUACUAUUUAUGAUGUAUUUAAGUGUUUUAUUCAGGACAGAGUUCUGUAGGGGGUGGGAGGGAAUAUUUGAGGGAGGCUGGGUCUUAGGGAAGGGGAUGGGGAAUCAACAUUUUUAUGAAGUGUCACUAUUUGCCUCUACUUUGUAUUGUUCGGAAAUGGCAAAUACAAUAUAAAAGUGAUAAAUAUCUGGUUUUAAUGUAUUAAACUUUCAUCAGUUAUUUAGA